GUUCUUAACAACUGAUCAUGAUGGAACGCCGUACGAAAUUUGGUGAUAAAGCGAGAGACAAGUUCACAGCGGAGGUUUCAGAUCUGACAAAACUUGUCACUAGCGUCUCGUUUCCGCAAAAUGACGGAGACGAAGAAAGGCUAAUCGAAUCCUCUAAGCGUAUCUACACUCAUCUCCUUGAUAACAAGUGGUUACGCAAAGUGUCCGAGGGCAACAACAGGAUCCCACCAUUGGAGCUUCUCACCUAUGCUAUUCGUAAUAUUCUCUUUCCAAGCUUUCUAGGCCCAAGGCGAAUUCCGGAUAUUCUGGAUCUUCUUCUGAACGUUGAACAUUAUCGUUGCGUAUGCAAGCAGAAAGUGGAAACCGCCGCAGUUUUGGACGAGUUCUACGCAUUGAGAGACAGAAGGGCGAUUUUGUUAUCGAAAGAGGAGCGACGUUGCCUUGCCGCCAUUGAAGCGCAAGCUCCUUCACUGAGGUCGCGUUUCUUGACCUUGUUACUCGGUUAUACCCAACUUGACAUUCAUCAUCUGUGUACUUCUUCCUCCCGAUUAUCCGACAUGGAAGAACGUAUGGGGGAUUAUUUUGAAAAUAGAUUUCCUUUUUUUCCCAUUCUUGCCCAGGAAGAGCAACAACAAUUUACCGAGAUGGUGGACCAGUCAUUGCGAAAUUCAAUGAAGUUGGUAAAAGAAGCGCAUAAACUCAAAAGUCGCGACGGAAACUCGGUGCUUGAUGGGAAAGAAAUGGAGAUAUUGUUCCCUUGUCCUGUCCCCAUUGAGGAACUGGUCAAUUCGACAGACACCUAUAUACGAGCCGUAGAAAUACAGGUUUCUACUCUGAAGGCCACCUUUCCCACUUGA